AUGCUGAUAGGUUAUCUCCUUUCGCCUUCUGUUCCUCCCUGCACCUCGCCCCCCUGUCUCCCCCCUCACUCCCCUCCCACCUUCCCACUGCCCGCCAGCUCGGCCCUUCUUGCCCCACUGCCCUGGCUGCCAGCCUUGCAGCAGCUGGGUGUGAGCAGAGGGCACGUGGGCAGGCGACGAGGGGAUACAAGUGCAGGGGAGGAUGAUGAGGCCCUCGUCCUCCCCCACGCACUAACGGACGAAUCUCGCCGCCUCUUCAACUCCUUUGCCCACCGCUUCCGAUGUGCCAUCGCUGCUCCCGUGCCUGCAGCACGCCAUGCCGCCUCUGGUGCUGCCGCUAGUGCUACAGCCGCUGCUGCUGCAACAAGUGGGGUGGUGGCAGCGGCAGCAAGGGCAGCAGGGGCAGCAAGGUCAGCAGGGGCAGCAGGGGCAGCAGGGGCAGGAGGGGAAGCGGCCAUCCCCAUCCCCAUGGCGCGCAUGCCCCCGCACUGGCCUGUGCUGUACCUGCUGCUGCAUGCGUGCGACAAGCUCACGUUGUUUGGCCUUACCCGCAAUGCCUCCGUGCAUGUGCUGCAGAGCCCCAUGCACGUCCCCUCAGUGCGAUCAGAGCUGCAUCGGCGCCCAUCGCUGCUGGUGCUAGAGUCACUGCUGCAUUCACUGGCACGCACCAACCUGCUCAGCUGCUGCGGGGGCAUCGAAGCCCACUUCUGUCGCCUGCCACCGCUGCUGCAUGUGCGUGAUAGAGGUGGGAGAGAGAGUGUUGCCUCUGGGGGUGAUAGGGGUGCGAGCAGUGGGAGGGACAGUGUUGCCUCUGGUGCUAGUGGAACAGGGGAGGUGGCUUCUGGUGCAGGUGUGCAUGGGAACGAAGGGGGCACUGCUCUUAGCAGAAGAUCUGUUAACGAGGAAGACUAUGAUGAGGAUGAGGUGGAUAGUAGAGGCAGGGCAGGGAAGGUGGUAGGGGGGCAGGGUGCUGUGGAGGGGGCAGGGUGGGGGGAUGAGUAUGGGGACGAGGGGGAGGAAUGGGUGGAGGCGGGAGAGGGGGAGGGGGGUGGAGUAGGGACGGACGCGGCAGCUUCAGCACACUUUCCGCGCGCAAUCAUGGCCGCACCGCGCGAGGUAUUCGUUAUAGGCACAAUGGACACUAAAGCCGAGGAGCUACUCUUCCUCGCGUCGCAGCUUAAACGGUCGCUUACCUCCUUAACCCCCGCGGAACCGCCUUUUUCCAUCUCUAUAGUCGACGUCUCCGCGUCUCCGUCAUCCGCGGCUCCCGUUACAAGCACACCAUUCCCUAUAAUCUCCGUUUCCGACGUCCUCGCGUCGAAUCCCGACGCCGCUGCAAAGUCCGCCGCGUCUCUCGCCGCGGAUCGCGGAGAGGCGGUGCAGGCGGUGGCCGACGCGCUGAAGCGGUUCGUGCGGGGGAAGUGGGACGCGGGCGCGCUGGCGGGCGCGGCAGGGAUCGGGGGAAGCGGGGGAACGGCCAUCAUUGCGCCCGCGCUGAGGGAACUUCCCGUCGGCGUUCCCAAGAUAAUCGUCUCCACCGUGGCCAGUGGCAACACAGCACCCUACAUUGGCACGUCCGACCUCCUAUUGCUGCCAUCAGUGGCGGACGUGGCGGGGCUCAACGCCAUUCUCCUCUCACUGAACCCCCCCCCAACCCCGCCCUCUUCCCCCUCCCAUACACCACCAUCCAGCGGCAACACCGCACCGUAUGUGGGCACCUCAGACCUGCUGCUGCUACCAUCAGUGGCGGACGUGGCGGGGCUCAACGCCAUUCUCCGCGCUGCCCUCUCCUCCGCCGCCGCUGCCCUCGCCGGCAUGCUGCUCCUGCGCGCCCUGCCCGCCCCGCAGCACCCUGCCCAACCGCCCUCCACCGCUCUGCCUUCCUCUGCUGGUGCCUCUGCUGCUUUGGGAACUGCCCCCGUUACAGUGGGGAUCACGAUGUUUGGGGUUACCACUCCGUGUGUUACGGAGGUGCAGCGGCUUCUCAGCAGCAAAGGCGGCAAGGAAGGAGCAGGGGAGGCGGGGGAUGCAGGAGGAGCAGGAGAGGUGGAAACAGUGGUGUUCCAUGCGACGGGCACGGGGGGCAGGGCCAUGGAGGAGAACGUCGCCUCUGGACUCAUUCAGGUGCGCUCACUCGCUCGCUCGCUGCACAUUCCUCACUCUUUUUCCCACUCUGCUCCAUCCGCUCACGCUGCUCGCCAGGCUGUGCUGAGCAUCUGGGCAGGAAGUCUCCCUCUUCCGUAUUCUGCUUCCCCCCUUUCCUUUCCUCCUGCCCACCACCCCCAGGUCACCCUCAUGCGCACAACGGCCGACGAGAACCGUCGGAUCGCGCAGUUCAUCGCGGGCAAGAUGAACCAAUCACAGGGGCCCGUGACACUUCUAAUACCUGAGGGGGGCCUGUCGGCUCUAGACGCCCCGGGCAUGGCCUUCUGGGAUCCUGCUGCUGACGCUGCUCUUUUUGAGGAGCUGGAGAAGCAAGUGGAGCAGACAGACAGCAGGAAGGUCAUUCGUCUGCCUCACCACAUCAACGACCCUGCCUUCGCUGCUGCCCUCGUCAACACUCUCCUGCCCCUCCUCCCAUCCACCAGUGCUCCCGCCGCAGCUGCCCCUCCUGCCGCUGCUGCCCCACCUGCUUCUGCUACUCCUCCCCCUCCCCAACCCUCCGAACCAGCCACCGCCACAACCACCCCUGCCCCCUCCACCUCUCCCUCCCCGUCCCCACCCAUCCCCGCCACUCUCAACCCACCUCCUGCUCUCGACCUCACGCCAAUCCCCUGGCUAGUCGCCCGUCGCACCGCCAUCCUGCACUCUCUCCGGUCCCAAGUGGCAGCAGGGAGGGCGAUCAUAGGGGGCGGGGCGGGCACGGGCAUAAGCGCCAAGUGCGAGGAGAUGGGCGGCGUGGAUUUGAUUGUGAUCUACAACUCGGGGCGGUUUCGCAUGGCUGGGCGCGGGUCGCUGGCAGGGCUGCUGCCGUUUGCUGAUGCCAAUGCUGUCGUGGAGGACAUGGCUAAGGAGGUGCUGCCGAGUCCCCCCCUUCUCUCCGCCAUUCUCCCCUAUGCUCCCCCCACUCUUCCCGUCUCCCCUCCAUUUCCCCAGGUAAUCAAGUCAGUGCCAGUAUUAGCAGGAGUGUGUGCCACAGAUCCCUUCCGCCAGAUGCCGCUCUUCCUGCGUGACCUGGCCGCCCUCGGCUUCGCAGGCGUGCAAAACUUCCCCACAGUGGGCCUCUACGACGGCUCAUUCCGCACCAACCUGGAGGAGACCAACAUGGGGUACCCGCUCGAAGUCGCCAUGAUUAAAGCGGCUAGUGUCCUGGGUUUCCUCACGACGCCGUAUGCUUUCAAUGAGGACGAGGCGCGGAGCAUGGCAGGCGCGGGGGCCGAUGUGGUGGUGGCGCAUAUGGGGCUGACGGCAGCAGGCAGCAUAGGGGCGAGAACGGUGUGUUCCCUUGAGGAAGCAGUGGGGCGAGUGCAGCGCAUGGCUGAUGCUGCCAGGGCGGUGAACCCGGACGUGCUAGUGCUGUGCCAUGGUGGUGAGUGCAUAGGGGCGAGGACGGUGUGCUCUCUUGAGGAGGCGGUGGGGCGAGUGCAGCGCAUGGCUGACGCUGCUAGAGGGGUCAAUCCCAACGUCCUCGUGCUGUGCCAUGGUGGUAAGUGGUUCUGUACGGUGGGGUGCUUUGGGAAUGAGUGGGUUACGGGGGGGGGGGGCGAUGUGGUGGUGGCGCAUAUGGGGUUGACAGCAGCGGGCAGCAUAGGGGCGAGGACGGUGUGCUCUCUGCAGGAGGCGGUGGGGCGAGUGCAGCGCAUGGCUGAUGCUGCUAAAGCUGUCAACCCGGAUAUCCUAGUGCUGUGCCACGGUAGUGAGUGGUGCUGUGCAGUGGAGUGA